CGACCCGUUGUUACUGAGUAUUCAUAAAUUGACUUGGAGGAAUGACCACCCCAGGUUUUAUCUCUCUUUUGAGCUGUCCGAGUUUCUCUCCUUGACGCGUGGUUCCCGCUUUCCUUACUCCAGAUAUCCAGCAUCGACAAUGUGUCAAUCACCACUGCACGAUUUCCUGCAUGGUCUGCCCAAGUGCGAGCAUCAUGUGCACCUGGAAGGCUGCGUCACACCUGAAUUGAUUUUCCAGCUAGCAGAGAGAAACAACAUACAACUACCAAACCCAGCAACCCACUCAGCCUACGCCUCAGUCGAAGCACUCAGAGCCCGCUACGGUGAGUUCACUUCGCUAAACGACUUCCUCGACUUCUACUUCCAUGGCAUGUCCGUGCUGCACCACGAGUCCGACUUCGAGGACCUCGCCUGGGCGUAUUUUCAGAAAGCACACGCGGACGGCGUCCACCACGCCGAGGUCUUCUUCGACCCACAGGUCCAUCAGGCCCGCGGCAUCGACUAUGAGACCGUUGUCUCCGGCUUCACGGCCGGGUGCAAGCGAGCAGAAAGGGAACUAGGUCUCUCGACCCGGUUGAUUCUGUGCUUUGUGCGUCAUUUGCCGGUCGACUCCGCGACCAAGCUGUAUGAGCUGGCGCUUGCCAGCAACCACUUCGAGAGUGGGGUUGUGCAUGGUCUCGGCUGGUCAUCGUCCGAGGUUGGGCCGCCGAAGGACAUGUUCCGUGAGAUUUACGCUUCCGCGUCGGAUAUGGGUAUCCGCUUAACGGCGCAUGCGGGCGAGGAGGGAGAUCCGACGUAUAUCAGUACAGCGUUGGAGCUUGGGGCACAACGUAUUGACCAUGGGAUUCGGCUGGUCGAGGAUCCGGAGCUGAUGGAGAGGGUGGCUCGCGAAGGAAUUAUGUUGACCGUCUGUCCGUUGUCGAAUGUGCGACUUCGGUGCGUUCAGUCGGUGGAACAAGUGCCCAUUCGGAAGUUCCUGGACGCCGGUGUCAAGUUCUCGAUCAAUAGUGAUGAUCCGGCUUACUUUGGAGGCUAUAUUCUCGAUAACUACUGCGCUGUUCAGGAGGCGUUUCAGCUUUCCAUCCCGGAGUGGAGGGUAAUUGCUGAGAAUAGUGUCAAUGAGAGCUGGAUCGACGAAGCGAGGAAAGCCGAGCUACUCAAGCGCAUUGAUGAUCAUGUACAGAAGCAUACUGUCGCUUCUUGAUACUUUAUGAGGAGAUGACCUAUGACUUGUUGAUGUUGAGAUGCUUGAGUGUACAGAUGUAUAUAUGGGGCGGGGAGCAUAUAGAUGAAUUUUGACCCGUUUAUUUUCAAUUGAUACACUGAAAGUCUAUUCAAUGGGACGUCCGUUCGA